AGUGCGCGACUGAACUCGUAAAAACAAGUGAAAUCCAUCCGAUGACCACCCCGGAGGAAGAAUCCGCCGCCGUCGGAAAGCGCCCCCAGUUCGGUAACCGGUUCCUGUCGGAAGAGGACGACGUGUUCCAGCACAAUGCUUGGUAGGAUUUUUGCUUUGCGCCGGUCGGUGGUGGCUGCACGGCGCCACUUUUGCCACGAUUACGAGUUUACGCGGCACCGGAAGAAGCCCCGCGUCGGCGAACGGUUCCUCCGGGAUCCGGAGCGGGUGUUUGACUUUAAUACAUGGGACAACGUCGAGUGGGACGAGGCGCAGGAGCGCACCGCGCUGGAGAGCGUGCAGAAAAACUCCACCGUCAAAAUGACCGAGGAAGCCGCGGAGCGACUGGAACGCGAAGCGGACGCCAACUGGGACAAGUUUUACGGCGUGCACCAGAACCGCUUCUUCAAGGACCGCCACUGGCUGUUUACGGAGUUUCCGGAGCUGGCCCCGCGGAACAGUCGGGACGCGCCGGAGCGGGUUUAUCCCGAGGGAACCGCUGGACGGGAGGUUUGCGUUCCGGGUGAGGGUCCGAGGACGAUCUUUGAGAUUGGGAGUGGGGUUGGGAACACGGUGUUUCCGAUUUUGAAGUAUAGCGUGGAGGAGGAUUUGAAGAUUUACGCGAGUGAUUUCUCGCGGCAGGCGAUUCAGAUUUUGAAAGAGAGUAAGGAGUUUGACGGGAAGCGGUGUGAGGCGUUUGUGCUGGAUGCCACGGCGGACAGUUGGGAUGUUCCGUUCGAGGAGAAUAGCGUGGAUAUUGUGGUGCUGAUUUUUGUGCUUUCGGCGAUCGAUCCGGACCGGAUGCAGCACGUGGCGAAUCAGAUUUACAAGUAUCUUAAGCCGGGUGGGUUGCUGCUGUUGAGGGACUACGGGAGGUACGAUUUGGCCCAGCUUCGGUUCAAAUCUGGGCGGUGUUUGAAGGAGAAUUUUUACUCGCGUGGCGAUGGAACUUUUGUGUACUUUUUUACGCAGGAAGAUUUGAGGAAAUUGUUUGAAACCGCCGGGUUGGUUGAGGAGCAGAACAUUGUUGAUAGAAGGUUACAGGUGAACCGGGGUCGUAUGCUCAAAAUGUACCGUGUUUGGGUGCAGGUCAAGUUCCGGAAGCCGCUCGAGAGUAGUUAAUAACGCAUAUUUUUACAAAUUCAUAGUGACUUUAUUGUUUACAUCUAACUUCUUACCACUAAAAUCUUAAGAUAAAGUUUUGGGAACCUUCCCGCGAAAAAAAGA